AUGGUCUCAGAGGCUGGAUAUAGCAUUGCAGAAAUUGGUGAUGUGAAGGUCUGGGAAAAUACUAGUAGUAUCUGGAAAGGAUGUCAAGAGGGAACCCAAAAUGAGCUUAGAAGUGUUACCACAGUGACACCAUCCACACCUUUGGCGCAAGAAGUGAGACUUCAUGUUACUGGCUGAUGCAAUGAUUAUUGCAAGGUAAAUGUUAUCAUUAACUCAAAGAUGCUGGACAAACCGUACCAUAUAAGGCAGUCCUAUGUCUUUCUCAGUGACAGGAAUCACCUGGGAACAAAAGUAUUUUUGGAUCUGUAUCUAUUGGAGAAGGAGCCUCGUUUCUGGUGGAAGAAAUUAGGUAGCUUUCUUCUUGAGCUACACAUGCUGGGCUGGAGCCUUGAGAAUCUCAUUGCUAUCACUGUAGGACCUGCUGCACACAUCUGGAAUGAAUGAACUCUUCAAGCCCUUGAAAGCAUUAAUUUGAAUUUCAGUUCCAAACACACUUCAUGUCUGGCUUGGAUGAAAGGAAUAUGCCUUGCAGUUUGCACCAGUGAUGAAGAAGUGCAGUUGUGGAACCCUGAAACCAGAGAGAGGCUGAGAAAUACGUUUGGCCACCUGUCUGAUUUGAGCUGGAAUCAUUGUAUUCUGAGCAGUGGUUCGCUGUUAGGAUCCAUCCAUCACCGUGAUGUUCAUGUUGCUCAGCAUCAUGAUGGGAUUCUUUGUCAAAACAGCAUUUGCAGCCUGAAAUUGUCACUAGCCGACUUGUUGCUGGCAAUUGGGUCUAGAGGUGGUAUAUUGAAUAUCCUAAUUGAAUUCCUUUCUUACUGUGAGUCUGUGGCCUCUGAAGGGCAAGCAGGGAAGCUGGAGUUUUAUGAGGAUAUGUGGGACAGUGUAGGCUAUGAAACAAGGGCAAGGGAAGCAGCAUUUGAAGUUUUGGGAUCCUAUGCUCCCCUGAGUGCUAUGACCUGGUGUCCUUGACAGUCAAAAGUCCUUGCUACAGGAGGCAGAAUGAAAGAUGGGAUUUUGUGUGUCUGGCACAUGAAUUGUGAGAAAAUCAUCCAAAGUGGAAUUGCAGAUUUGCAGAUUUCUUCCUUGUUCUGGUCACCCAGUGAACUGAUGAUGGGACAAGGUCUUCCUGGAAGUCAGAUGAAAAUACGGGAGUAUCCCAUGCUUGUUUCUUCCAGUGAAAUCUGGGGUCACAAAGGGAUAGUCUUGCAUAUAACCCUGAGCCCAGAUCAGAGUAGGCUCUUUUCUGUUGCAGAGGAUGGGGUGUCUUAUCUGUGA